UAUCCACAACAAAUUGCAAACAAGUGCAAUUCUAGACCUGAAAGCUAGCCCAUGAGCCGGAUGGCGGCCGUUCCCUUUGAACAAGCGGAACCAGACGAGGGAGGGGCGUUCGUUUCUCGGGAGGCAAGACGGGCCAAGAUUCCACGUUAUUGGUUUUUUUUAUAUUGAGAGGCAACGCGUUUAUAUUAGAAAAGGCGACAUUAUCUGCCUAUAAAUAUCUCCACGGCGCCACUGACGACAACUCGGUGAAACAGAAUAUAUUGAACUACAUCAGGAGCGAGAAAAGGGAAAAAAAAGGGGGCCACCAACGAAACUCAUCACUGUUCCUGCAUCUGAUCCGCAACUGCCCAUACAUCUUUCUCGAGCUCGGCCAUCCCCAGGACAGAACGUCAAAGUAGCACAUGAUGCACGGCAUCACCAUCUCAUUCGCCCUGUUGGGCCUGGCCUUUGCGGCCCCAGCAGACCAGCGCGCGACCGAGCUUCAGACACGGCAGUUCCAGAUUGGCCCGGGCAGCGGCGUGAUCCUCGAACCCAGCAAGCCCGGCGGCAACUGCGACAAGGACAUCUUUGAGAAGACGGGCUUCUGCAUCAUCAGCGGCAAGAUCAACCCGCGCCAGACCUUCACCCUGCCAAGCGACAAGGGAGCCAACCUCCGCGAGGCCAUCAAGGAGGCGCAGCUGGAGAUCCAGAGGCUGGAGGCCAAGGACUCGCUCAGCAAGGACGAGAAGAAGCAGCUCGAGGCGCUCAAGUACUUUGUCAAGAAGACGUCGGGGGUUAUCAGCAUCUCCCCCGUCGACGGCGGCUCGACGGUCCUGGUGCCCGGCCGCUUGGCCCGGCGGCAGAGCUCCGGUUCGCCGUGCCUGGUCGACCUGGAGAAGUACCAGCGCGAGCUGAUGGCGUUCCUGCUCUCGUUCCCGCCCAGGGAGCGCGCCCAGAUCUGGGCGGAGCUGAUCCAGAACGUCUGCAACAUCCAGACGGGUCCCAUCAAGCCAGACCCUACCAUCCCUGGCGGCCCCAUCAAGCCCGAUCAGCCCGCGCCGUCCACAACACUGAAGCCGAGCGACUAGAUGAGGGAACUUUGAGCAUCAUCGACUAGAGGACGGGUGUGUAUGCAGCAGAGGCAACAACAGACAAGGGCAUGAACGUCGAUGAGCCGGAAAGCAAACAAACCUUGGCCACGCGGACUUACGGCCGGGUGUUACUUUGAGGCUUCACUCAAAAAAGGGGGUUAGAGAAGUCUUCACAUGGAAUCACAGUCAUGUGCGAUGGUGUUGCCUAUCACAUCUCAGGGGGGAUGGCAAGUCAUGGCUUCAACUUCAUUUUUUACAAACUUUUUACUUUGACUAUCUUCCUUUUCUUUUUUUUUCUUUUUUUCUGUUUUGCAAAGUUCCGGACUACUAUCAUCCUCUUUCCUCGUGUCUUUUAGUAUAGCGGCUCCAAAACCAAAGGGCUUGAUUGACUUAUUUUAACUCUGAUUCUAC